UCGUAAAAUAUUUUAUUUAAGAUCCUAAAGAGCUCACAAUAAUCAACACAGCUUUUGAGAUGUAUCACAAUUUAACUUGCAUUCAAUUUAUUCAGCAUUCCACUGAAAAAGAUUUUGUUACGAUAUUAAAAAAUCCAACAGGCUGCUGGUCGAGUCUGGGUAGAAUUGGAGGAAAACAAAUUUUAAACCUACAAAGUCCUAUGUGCUUACUCAAAGUUGGAACUACCAUUCAUGAACUAAUGCAUGUUUUAGGUUUCAAUCAUGAACAUACUAGAGAAGAUCGAGAUGAAUAUGUAGAAAUCAAUUGGAAAAAUAUCCCAACUGAUUCGUAUAGAAAUUUUGGAAAAUCUACUCCGAAUUCAACGGAUACUUUUAAUAUAAAAUAUGAUUAUGAAAGUGUGUUACAUUACUCACCGUUUGCGUUUGCCAUGGACUUAUUUAAACCUACACUUGUCCCCUUGAAAAAAAUUGGAUUGUCGAAAAUGGGUCAGCGAGAUGGACUUUCAAAAUUAGAUAUUAGCAAAAUAUGGAAAAUGUACAAAUGUAAAACAACUACAGAAAAUUUAAGAAAAAACAAUAAAAAUACACGAUUUAGAUAUUAUACUUAA